GGGAGAGUUGGAUAUUGCUGAAGGUAAUUUUUCCCCCCCCAUAGAAAUGUCUCUGAUUAUCCCAGUAUGUAUAUUGUGAUCAGAAAUGGCCUACAUUGACAGUUCAUAUAAGGGUUGUAGAAAAAGGAUCUUUUUAAAUAUUGUGCUGUUUUAUUUAUGUAAAAAUAAAAUUUGAAAAUCAUUUUGUCUUAGACAUCUGGGUGGAUGAUAUCAGCAAGUGUGCCCGAAAGGGCCCAACAUCUGAAGGUCAUUUUUAGAAAUGUGUUCCUAUGAAUGUGUUCCUUGAAACUUGUUCGACAAUCACUCUCUUGAACUUUAUCUGUAAAUGAGCUAAAACACUGUAAGAAAAAAAGGCAAAUUAUUAAAUAAAGGAAACAAAAAAAAUUACUAUAGAGAACUAAAACGCAAUCUAUUUAACUUAGAAAUCCACACGCUCACACCAGAGGCAACCCUGGAGGAAUCCUGGCAGGAAGAACCCAGGAGCCACCCCGGAAGCCAGCCAGAAAGAGACCCAGGAUGGAGCCAGUCAGGAGCCCACACUUACUGAAGUGUGGAGAGAGCUCAAAAAAAAAGGUGGACGUCCUGGAAAAGGCAAAAAAAAAGUUAAUUAGGCCAAUAUGUAAAUAUUUUAUACUUUAAUUUUUAAAAAAAAUCAGAUGAACGGGGAGUGACUUAACCUCCCCUAACAUGGGAGUGCGGCAGCUCCCCUCCCCCCCCUGUUUGCUGUAUUUUUACUUACCUCGUGUAGUUUCUGUGGAAAAACUUACCUCACUUCCGAUUGGUCAAUUUUCAAUCCCAAGCCUUCUGAUUGGUCGAUUCAAAAAGGGGGCGUGGCUUUGCAGGAAAAGCCGCGAAAGCCGGCUAUAAAAGGACGAACCGGCGAACACUCUUCAUUCUUCACCGGCAGCCGACGUGAGAGGAUCGUCUUGGAAAUGGCUGAAGAGAAUCCCGACGGCAGACUUCGCAACAUCCUUCGAUGGAUCCAGGCUGAGGCGGGACAUGAAGACAUCCAGACGCUCCUUCAGCAGUGCCAGCUCGCAUCAUCGACGACGACAGCGGUGACAUCACUUCCGACUGCAGAGCCUCCAGGAUUGCCGUCAGAGGAAGCUGCGUCAUCUUCAGGAGCCGCAUCUGACGUCGCCAUCCAGCGCACACCAGCUUCGCGCGGACCAGGAAAGAGGCGGAUCGGCGCCGUCAAGAGGAACACCAGAGGGAAACAAGCGGCGAAGAAGAGAACCCAGAUGACGUCAGCGGUCUCCGCCAAGAAGAGGAUCGUCGCUGACCCGCCGCAGACAGGAGUUUGGCCGUCGGCUUCCCCCCCUUCUUCGCGAGUGAGUUCCGCCGCUGUUGCAAGUGGUGGGCCGCUCCAGCAAAAGAGCGUUAACACUUUAGGGCCCUUUCCUUCCACAGGGUCUGGGGGAGGCCCGGCAGCCGGCAGCUCCUAUGAGGGGCACCAGGUCAGCAGGGGCCCCCAAAGCCACCCAGAACCGGGGCCCUCCAGCUGUAACACUAUAGGGCACCCGGUUCUGCCACCUGCCAUCAGGGGUCAUACAUUAUCACCAUCUGUCACCCACAGCGCACCCCAGCAUGCUGGUUUUAGCCCUCAGGAGGAGAGUCAACCCAUCCAAGUGAUUGUUCAACGAGCUCUGGGAAAUCGCCAAUUAUUUGGACAAAGAAGGAACACCAUGCCCCCAACAUCUGUGGAAUUUAGUAUUGCCAGAAUUUCAAAAUGGUUAAGUAUGUCAUUGGCAGACAAGACCUGGCAUGCUUACAUCGCAAGCUGGAAUGAGUGGAUGAAGUUCAAAAAGUUUUCCUAAAGAGAAUUAUCAAAGGGACAGUGAUGUCUUAUUGUCUUUUGUACUGGAGCAAGUUGAGGCUCAGUACUCUCUUUCAGCUAUAAAAAAAAAAAAAAAAAAAAAAAAAAUUAGCAGGCAUAUCCUUCUUUUUAAAGGUUCAAGGUGAGGUAGACAUAACUAAAUCCUUUUUGGUUAAAACAAAUCCUUCGGGGUGUUGGUAGGAUUACACAAUCUGUUGACAUUAGGAGACCCAUCACAUUAUCAUUGUUGAAAGAUCUCGUUUCGGUCCUACCUCAAAUAUGCUAUUCUCGGUUUGAAACAAUGUUGUUUACGUUGUUAUUUUCUGUGUCGUUCUUUGGUGCCCUUCGGGUAAGUGAGUCGGUCUCUCAGAGUAAAAGAUCCCCAGGGGGUAUUGGGAGUGAAGACAUUCAUCUGGUUGAGGGCAAAUUAAAGAUUAUAUUAAAAAAAAAAAAAUCAAACGGAUAAAGUAGGAAGAGGGACAACCAUUUGGCUUGGUAAUAGCACGGAACAGUCAAUAUGUCCAGUAUUAGCUUUUAGACAUUAUCAGCAAGUCAGACCCUGCCUUCCUGGCCCUUUCUU